CGUGCCGAGGCAGAAAGCUCCCAGCUCACUGGAGAGGACACAGCCUCAGAGCCAGCAGCAGAUACCGAAGAAGCAGAGAUGCUUUGCCGAAUGCAUCUUGUGCCUUUUGCCUCCAGCUCCCUGGCUACCCGUCUGGGCACAAUGAAGACCCUCUGGCCGAAUCCAGAAGCAAUCUUCACUGAACUGCAGCAGGAGAUGGAGCGGGCUCGGGAAUUCAUGAGCGGCUUCGAGCAGCUCCUGAGCAGCCAAGGAAGCUUCGCCGCGGACCGCGCCCCGGCCCCCAGCACAGCCGUGGCCCCGGCCUCCAGCGACGGCUUCUCCGUGUGCCAGGACGUCAAGGACUUCGCCCCUGAGCAGCUGUCGGUGAAGGUGGUGGGCAGGAAGGUGAUGCUGGUGGGGCAGAAGGAGACGCAGAACACGGAUGAGAAUGGCUCCUUCUCCUACAAGUACGAGGUGCUGAAGCGGGAGUGGGACGUGCCCAAGGACGUGGACGCCGAGGCGCUGAGCUGCUCCCUGUCCGGGGGGCAGCUGCGCAUCGAGGCGCCGCGGCGGGCGCUGCCGGCCGCCCCGGAGAGGAACGUGCCCAUUGAGGUCAGCCCUGCAGCCCCGCAGCCCGGAGCAGCCGCGGAGGACGGAGCAACCGGAGGAGCCAAGGCGUAACGGGAAGGGAACCAAUGCCCCACGCCAGGACCAGAAGAGAUGGCAGCAAGUCUUAGGUUUUAGCCCAGACGAGCAGUCAGCCUUGCCUUUGUUUCUAUCACUAUACUGGAACAUGCUUCUUUUUGUAUGCAAUAAAAAUGCUUUUGAAUAGAA